AAUUAGUUUUAUUGUAAUUUGUAAGCAACAAUACAAACACGUGAAAUAACUAAUUAUUAUUUUACAUAGGUGCUUUGAUUUUUAAUCAUAUUUUAAUUGUAAAUUGUUUGAAACAGUACCACAAAAAUGGCAAAUGAAAAUGAAACCGAAGAUAAAGUGCUGUCUAUAUUAACAAAUUUGAAACAACAAGAACAACCUAGUGAAUCUAAAAUUAGCAAGAAUGAGAAGAAAAAACCCAAAAAGAGUGCAACUGAAGUAUCUCUGCGUGGAAAACCUAAGUCAGGGAGAUUUUGGAAAUCUAAAAAAGAAAGGUUUAAUUCUAUUAACAAAACAAAAGGCAUAAGGCUGAACUUUGAAAAGAAAGCAGCUUUGCGAAUUGAACUUCAAAAUGUAAAAAAUCUUUCCCAUCAACUUAAAAAUCAACAAAAAGAAAAAGAAGAAGCCCGCAAAGAAAAGAGAAGAGAGAACUUAAAACGCACCGAGGAAAACAAAAGAAAGUCAGAAAUUGUUCAAGUUAUUACAAAUACAAAGAAACUAAAACGGAUGAAGAAGAAACAGCUGAGGUUUAUUGAGAAGAGGGAUACAAGUCAGAUUAUAAAUGCAAAUAAAUAAGGUGUUGAAAA